AUGGCUGCUGAGGCUGCGCAAUCAGAAGUGGAGCUCCCUGCUACUCCGCUCAAUCUCCUGCGCUCGAGCUCUCUGCCGAUGUUGGCGGUGUGGCGCCACUUCAGGGCAUGGACUCGGCCUGCCAGCAGCCUCCUGCUCCACUUCACGGCUGGUGCACCAUGCACACCGCCGCUUGUCGCUCAGUCGGUGCCGGUGACGCAGCCGCCCGUCGUGGGGUCGGCGCCGGUGACGGCGGUGGGCGUCGUCCCCGACACGGCUCGUAAUGUGUCUCUUGAGUCUGCGCCUCCUCAUGCAGCACCUCUGAGAACCGCGCCGCCACCGCAAGGGGCCAGGCGACAUCCCAUCAGGGUCGCAAUUCUCCUCGUCGCUGUCCCUCCUCGUCGUAUCGCUCUGCUCAUCGCGGCGGCCGUGGCGGUUGGAGGGGAUGUCAUGGUUCUGGCCGAGGUGGCGUGA